GCACCAUUCACCAAGAUGUGACCACCCCACCGUCUGGGCUUGCCCACCCAUCUCCUCCCAGCCCAAACAACCCCAACCCUCCACCAAACACCCUCCCAUCCACCCCAACCUCCGACCUCCAACUAGCGCACAACCACCACCAUGCUCCUCCUCGGCCUGACCGGCUCCAUCGCCACGGGCAAAUCCACCGUCUCCGCCCUGCUCUCCAAGCCGCCCUACUCCCUCCCCAUCAUCGACGCCGACCAGCUCGCGCGCAAGGUCGUCGAGCCCGGCACCCCGGGCUACGCCGCCAUCGUGCGGCACUUCCAGCCCACGACGCCGGACCUGCUGCUGCCGGAGCCCGCGCACGCGCGGCCGCUCAAUCGCCCCGCGCUGGGCCGCCGCGUGUUCGGCGCCAGCGACGACCGCGUGCGCGACCGCCAGGUGCUCAACGGCAUCGUGCACCCGGCCGUGCGCCGCGAGAUGUACAAGCAGAUGGUGUGGGCGUACCUGCGCGGCAGCUGGGCCGUCGUGCUGGACGUGCCGCUGCUGUUCGAGAGCGGGUGGGAGCGGUAUUGCGGGAAUAUAUUGGUUGUGGGGGUGAGGGACCCGGGCGUGCAGAUUCAGAGGUUGAGGGACAGGGAUGCGCAUUUGAAUGAGGAGGAUGCGAGGAAUAGGGUCUUGAGUCAGGGGGAUGUGGCGGAGAAGGCGGCGAGGGUCAUGCGGAGGGGGAAGGGGGCUGGGGCGGUGGUGUGGAAUGAUCGGGGGAAGGAGGAUUUGGAGAGGGAUGUGGCGAGGGUCAUGGAGGAGGUUAGGAGAGGGAGUCCGGCGUGGUGGAGUACGUUGCUGUGGGUUUGUCCGCCGCUGGCGGCGGUGGUGGGGGUGGUGAGUUGGUGGAGGAUGAGGAGGGUGCAGUUGCAGUGGGAGGAGGAGAAAAAGAGGGAGAAGGCGAAGCUGUGAGGGGAGGGGAUGUUGAGUAUACCAUGAGCAGUAGACGAAUGGUUGAAGCUUGCUAGAAGGGUUUAUAUAUACUCCAGGCUUCGUGUACAUGUGUCACAAAUAAUGUACAAGAGCUGUAGAGUAGUUCAAGUUAUAGAAGACAUCAUAUAUGAAGGGCACUGUUUUCUUCUGGC